AUGGCGUCCUAUAAAUAAGAGGCUUGUGGCGCGCGGAGGACCCUAGAGACGCGCUGAGAUCCAGAGCAGAAGCUCAGAGACGCACUGGCUUCAAACAUGACUGCAUCCACUGCUGCGCAAAACGUGGACAGACACCCCAGAGCAAAGGAGGAGAGAAAGCUGAGGAAGCCGCUGAUUGAGAGGAAACGACGGGAGAGAAUCAACAACUGCCUGGAUCAGCUGAAGGAGGCUGUGAUCGGAGCCUUUGGGCUGGAUCAAUCCAAGCUGGAGAAGGCAGACAUCCUGGAAAUGACGGUGAAACAUCUGCAGAACAUCCAAAACAUUAAGCUCAAUGACUCAGCAUUAGGCCUGGAGGCCCAGCAGAAGUACAGCACAGGCUACAUCCAGUGCAUGCAUGAGGUCCACAACCUGCUCCUCAGCUGUGAUUGGAUGGACAAAACUCUGGGCUCCCGCCUCCUCAACCACCUCCUCAAGUCCCUUCCAAGGUCCAGCAGUGAUCUCAGCCGUCCCACGCAGAGGCACGACGCACAGCCGUGGAGCAGCCCAGGCGUCCCCGCCACACCCCCCCACAGGGACCCCGUGGUUGUGAGGCAGCAUCAGAAGGAGGAGCCGGCUGGCCAGGUUCCUGAGUGUCAGGAAAGGCCGGCAGUCCACAGCUCCUCCCUGAUGAUGCUGGAGAUGUGGAGGCCCUGGUGAACUGCUGGAUCAACGAUCUAUGUUGAUGAUUUUUGUUAGACCAUCCUCUGUUAUGUAUCUUAUAGAUAUGGUGCUCAGAAGACCAAAUAGUGGGGCGGUUUUGUUCCGGUGAUUAUUGAUUUUAGAUGUGCUGUAAUGACUCUACAGACCUUUUCUCAGUACUUCCCUAAAGAAGUUGACUUCCUGUAGCCUGCAUUAUAGAGGCUUGUAUUAAUAUUUCCUCUAUUUAUUCUAUUAACAUCUAUUUAUUGUAUAAUAUAUGACAUGACUUUGCUUCUUCGACUCUUUGCUUUAUGUAGCAUAAUUCUUUUCUUCUCAUUCCUUUACUAUUUAACCUAAACAUUAAUUAAAAAUAAUAAUAAA